AUGCUGACGGGUGUAAGGUUGACCAAGGGGAAAGCCAUUGCAGAGUACCUAGGGGAAUCCCGGGAGCUCAAGCUAGAUUUGAGGGCGGCAGGACAAACCGUGUCGGAUGGUGAGCUGGUCGUGCACACCUUGGAGAGUUUGCCGAUGGAGUAUGCCACUCUUGUGGAAGUCUUGGAGCUUGGAGAGGAGGAGCUAACUCUAGAUGUAAUCCAGCUAAAGCUAAUGCAGAGAAAGCAGAAGCUAAAGUUAAGGGCUGAAGCGAGGUCCGUGGACAGGACUUCGGGUAAAGAUGGAGCGGUGGCAUAUGCCGCUAAACAUAGGGGCUACUCGAGCUCAGAGAGGGCCGGGGAAGCUCAAACGAGCUGGGAAGAAGCUCGAAGUGUGGGAGCACGGACGGAGAUAGCUUUGAAGAAGACGGAGGGGGUGAUGUCGCCGGAGACGGACGGCAAAGGUUAUUCGGAUAGGGUGCGAGCGGCGCCUCGAAACUUUUGGGACACGGCGGCCGACAAGGGGUGGAUACGCCAAGGUGAAGAAGACAGCGGGUAG